GCGGCCGCGGUUCUCGGGCUCCUCGGCUCCGGCUGUGGCGCCCCUCCAGCCCCUGGUCCCGCGCACAGCCUCCGGGCGCCCCCGGUCGGUCGGGCGCCCCCGACGGUGGAUCUAGCGGCUGGGAGGAGGCCAGCACCGGUCCCGGCGAGCCCCAGCCCCGGCCCCCGGCCCCGGGCCCGGCUCCGGUAUGGAUGUGAGGUUCUACCCCGCGGCGGCCGGGGACCCCGCCGGCCUGGACUUCGCACAGUGCUUGGGUUACUACGGCUACAGCAAGUUUGGAAAUAACAACAACUACAUGAACAUGGCUGAAGCUAACAAUGCAUUCUUUGCAGCCAGCGAGCAGACAUUCCAUACGCCAAGCCUUGGGGAUGAGGAGUUUGAAAUCCCACCCAUUACGCCUCCUCCAGAAUCAGACCCUGCCCUGGGCAUGCCCGAUGUACUGCUACCCUUUCAAGGCCUCAGUGACCCUCUGCCUUCCCAGGGAAGUGAAUUCACACCCCAGUUUCCACCUCAAAGCCUGGAUCUUCCUUCCAUUACAAUCUCAAGAAAUCUCGUGGAACAAGAUGGUGUUCUUCCCAGUAGUGGGUUGCACAUGGACCAGAGUCACACACAAGUUUCCCAGUACCGGCAGGAUCCCUCCCUGAUUAUGCGGUCCAUCGUCCACAUGACUGACGCUACUCGCUCUGGGGUCAUGCCUCCUGCCCAGCUCACCACCAUCAACCAGUCUCAGCUCAGUGCCCAGUUGGGAUUGAAUUUGGGAGGGACCAGUGUACCCCAUACAUCUCCUUCACCUCCUGCAAGCAAAUCAGCAACACCUUCCCCUUCCAGCUCCAUCAAUGAGGAGGACGCCGAUGACUCCAACAGAGCCAUUGGAGAGAAAAGAGCUGCUCCAGAUUCUGGCAAGAAGCCCAAGACUCCAAAGAAAAAGAAAAAGAAAGAUCCCAAUGAGCCCCAGAAGCCAGUAUCAGCAUAUGCCCUGUUUUUCAGAGACACGCAGGCUGCAAUUAAAGGUCAGAACCCAAAUGCAACCUUUGGAGAAGUCUCCAAAAUCGUAGCAUCUAUGUGGGACAGCCUCGGAGAAGAGCAAAAGCAGGUAUAUAAAAGGAAAACCGAAGCUGCCAAAAAAGAGUACCUGAAGGCGCUGGCCGCGUACCGGGCGAGCCUGGUUUCCAAGGCCGCCGCUGAAUCAGCAGAAGCCCAGACCAUUCGUUCUGUUCAGCAGACCCUGGCUUCCACCAAUCUGACAUCCUCCCUCCUCCUCAACACUCCACUGUCCCAACAUGGAACUGUGUCGGCGUCGCCUCAGACUCUGCAGCAGUCGCUCCCGCGGUCCAUCGCUCCCAAGCCCUUAACCAUGAGACUCCCCGUGAACCAGAUCGUCACGUCGGUCACCAUUGCCGCCAACAUGCCAUCAAACAUUGGGGCUCCGCUGAUAAGCUCCAUGGGAACAGCCAUGGUUGGCUCUGCCUCCUCCACCCAAGUGAGUCCUUCCGUGCAAAGCCAGCAGCAACAGCUGCAAUUGCAGCAGCAACAACAGCAGCAGCAGCAGAUGCAGCAGAUGCAACAGCAGCAACUCCAGCAGCAUCAGAUGCAUCAGCAAAUCCAGCAGCAGAUGCAGCAGCAGCAUUUCCAGCACCACAUGCAGCAGCACCUGCAGCAGCAACAGCAGCAGCAUCUGCAGCAGCAGCUCAGCCAGCAGCAGCUGCAGCAGCAUCUCCAGCUGCAGCAGCUGCAGCACAUGCAGCACCAGUCUCAGCCUUCUCCUCGGCAGCACUCCCCCGUCACCUCCCAGAUCACCUCCCCUCUCCCCGCCAUCGGGAGCCCCCAGCCUGCCUCCCAGCAGCACCAGUCACAAAUACAAUCUCAGACACAGACUCCAGUAUUAUCGCAGGUCAGUAUUUUCUGAUGACGGACAGAGCAGGUGGGGUUGCAUGGGUGGCAGAGGGCGGCACCGGUGGGUAAACGGGAUGUGGCUGAAACGCGUGCAUUGGUGGUGGUUACGCGGCAAUGUGGAACAGAUCAAACGGUCCUCACAAGUGUCUAUUAGAUAGGCAGUAAGAACUACUGUGUAGCUGGGUGUCAUCUUUUAGUGACUCUACAUAACUUUGUUUUUAAGCAAGAAAAGCUGUGCUCUUUUAAGUGAUGCCUUUUUUUAUUUAUUCAGGCUGUACCUACAAUAUGUGAAUCAAACCGUGUAAUGAAUCCUGGGACAUACUAAUGACUAUAAACUGGCCUCUCUGAGUCACAGACCCUGGCCUUAUUACUCCUGAAAAUGAAUACACCAUACACUUCAAGGCUCUUUGAACUUUUGAAGCCCUAAAAGUUUAAAAAAAAAAGCACAGUCGUAACUACCUGAAAUACGAAGAUUCAGUUUCAUACAAACAUUUGUAUGACAUGAAUAGUUGAUGGCAUUUUUUUUGUCAUGAGAAAAAUAAUGUAAAUCACAGACUUUUGCCAAAGCUCUUAUUCCCCCCCUCCUAAAUUUCUCCAUAAAAACAAAAAAACAACAAACACAUUACAAGGGACUAGAUUCAGUUAUUGCCUCGUUUUCAGUUUUUAUCCAUGAGUUCUCCAAAUCAAACUAUGUUGUACAAGAUAUGUUGUAACAGUAUCUAUGACCACUGCUAGCCCAUGGCAUUCAUUCCAAUUAGAAGAGAAGAAAUGUGAAUAUUAUAUUCUGUGUUUUGAGUGACAAGUUUCAAAAAAUAAAUAAAACACUGUAUUUUUAAAAGGGAAAUGCACUUAAUGGAAACGGUUAUUACAGAAGCUAACAUUUAAAAAAGAGCAAGAGGUUUUAUUAUGAUGUAAUACUGGUAGAAUAUUUAAAAGGAACAUCGCAUCUGAAUAAUCAGUGUAAAUAUUUUCUUUCAAAGUUGUAAGUUUUCCUAUCAUGUGUUGUAAAGUUUUCAUAAACAAGGCUUUAAGGUAAACACUGGUGACAUAAACCAUUCAUUGCUAUGUUGCUUAUUGUGUUUUUAUGCUGUUUUAUACUUUUUUAUGAGUUAUGAUAGCAGCAAUUAAGUUGUUUGUAUUUUGCUUAACUAAAAAAUGCUUUUAUCUUGCAAUAGAAUAAACACAUUUCAGUAAAAACUGUGGACUGUAUUUUGAUGCAACUACAAAGAAACUGCUCACGCUUAAAAUAAAAUGCUAUGUCGAGUUUC